GUUAUAGAGUUAUUUCCAAAAAUUCAGUUCGAUCAAAAGAUGAUGUUACCCUGAGGUCGUCCCAGCCCGGAACCUUGGAGAAUAUUCGCGAUCUUUUGAUCCACUUGCAUCUCGGAUCAGACACACUGCAGUUGGUUCGCAGGGAGCGGCGUUACCCGUGCCUGGUGGCGUUGAGGGGUCAAGGUUGGUUGGAGAACUUUUGCGGAACUUUGGUGGGCUUUCAGGGAUCUUCAAUCAUCCGCAGGGAUGUCAGGCAGACUGGCAUCCUCAUCCCACGCCAGUUAGUCCACUCCAGCCGCGCGUGGCAUCCCACGAAACACAUCCUAAAUCCAGAAAGACACCAUAUUGUUGCUCGCGAGUCCCCUUCAAACGAUGAUCAAGGUAGGUCUUUUCAUCCACCUUCGCUCGCCGCAUCACUCCAUCUCUGCCUACCAUGAACGACGAGCAAAUCCACGAGCCUGACCAUGGAACGCAGUAUUGGGAUCGUGCCGGGCUUCAGCAAUCAGAUCAAAUGCAGUACAAUGCUUCAUAUUCAACCCCCUCUGAUGGUUUUGCCUGGAGCAGUCAAGCCGGUAAUGAAGUGCUCUCUUACACUUACGGCCCCCAGGAAGGGUCUGAUGCUAUACCACCAGCUCUAAACUCGUUUCAACCACCGAGUAUGCUCAGCUUGAGAUUCUCAGCAGUCUCUCCAAUCGUGCCACCAAAUCCGGACAGAGCGCCAACGCCGCCUCAACUUGCAGACGUUCUAUCUGGGGCCAGCAACAAACGACCUGAACACAGUGGCCUGCCGCUGAUGAGCCCCUCCUCUUCCAGGCCAUUACAAGCCCCUGCGGCUCGUCGCUCAAAGUAUGCUGCUCUAGAUUGGGACCGUCACAAAAGGGUUAUUCAAAAGUUAUACUUGGACGAAGAGAAGCCGCUCGAGGAAGUUAUGAAGAUCAUGACCACAGAAUAUUCUUUUAACGCGCCAGUCAAGCAGUACAAAGAAAAGUUCAAGCACUGGGGCUGGUGCAAAUAUCUGUCGAAUGAGAUGGCACAGUGGAUGCUCGCAAAGGGGGAUAAAAGAAGGAUUGAAAGUAGAAAAGAGACAAUCUUUUUGCUGGGGGGUCGUGUAUGGACUCUGGAACGCAUCCAGCGGAGUACAAGACGAACAAGAAAAGAAGACGUUGAAACCAUCGCGAAUGCGCCCACUCCACUUGGUGUCACAUAUAAGACGCCUCACGACAUUACGAAUAGCCCGUCACCACACAAUGCACUUUCUCCUCAAAUCUCAUUCAAAAACACCAAAAUGUGGACCCCGACACUUUGUCCUUCGACACCACAACUCAACUCUUUUAGGAUCACCUCAAAUGGUCAUACGCGAGCCGAACUUGUAUCUAUGCAACGGGAGGCUCAGGAACUCGAUCAACAGGGAAGAUCUGAGGAGGCAGAAAAUAAGUUGCUUGAGGCAUUGUCAGGCCUUGAACAGGUUCUUUCACCGACACACGAAGACACAAAUGCGGUGGCAUAUCAGCUGGCUACAUUUUACACUUACCAUAAUCGGAUAAAUGAUGCCGACAAAGUCCUGGGCUGGAUGAGUGAAAACCACGUGCGGAGGUGGGGUCUGAAGGACGAGAAAACGACGGCACAUGUCCUCCAUGUUGUGGAUCUUCUCAACAGCUGGUUUCGUCCAGAAGACGCACUCACAUUCCUCUACCGGGCAACCGAGGUUUGGGAAAAUCCAGAUGGCCGUCAAGAAAAGGGUGGCUCAGCAUCUGGGAACUCGAGGAAUCGUUCUGGAAAUCCUCAAUCCCGACUUUCUGACGUUUUUCGGAUGGCAGACGACAACCCUUCGGCACUCGACUCCCGACUUGGGUCAGCAAAAGCACAUGUCAACGCAAAAGAUGAGUCCAUCGAACCCAUUCUGCUGAGUUUGAUUUCCCAAUGUGAAAAGUCCCCAGGAACCCUAGCCGUGAAGAACAUACGAGCCAGAUGCGAACUUAUCCAACUCUAUCAGAACCUUCAGCGGGAGGAGGACAGAAUAGCUUCUCUUACCAGAGCAAGAGAAUUUCUCGCAGAUAUCUGGAAAUCGGAUAGUGAGAAGAGUAAAGAGCUUAUGGAAGCCUCAGUCGAUGUCGCCAAGCUUCUCGUCCAGGCGGGGAAAGCUGCCGAUGCCAAGGACGUGCUUCGGAGCGUAGAGCAGGAAGCAGUUGACAGUUUUGGCCCUGACGACGACCGUACUAUAUGGCUGUUGAUGCGGAUAGGGGUGAUGUAUCAGAACGAGCAUGAUUGGGACGAAGCUGAGCCUCGCUUCGAGCAAGCGCUUGCUGCGUCGAUGACUCAACAUGGUCUUGAAGAUGGAUUGACGAAAACUCUAGAGAGUGCUCUAGAGAAGCGCCAUUAUUCUUACCUUUCGCGGGAGUCUGGGGCAUUCAAGUCUAUUUUGGGAACUAGCGGGAUUGUCAUCAGGCCUGGAAGUUUUUUUCUUGGGUCCAAGUAAAUAUCAUUUUUUGCUUAAUUGUUUUCCUACUGUAUCAACAAAUACUCCCAUUACAGAGCUUUCAGCAUAGCUAAAUCUACAUAUCCAAGCACAGGCAACAAUGAAAGGUCACUAUCUGCUAGAAUGGAGAACUCCCUCAAUUUACUUAUGCGUGUUGAUCAU